CGCAUCCAACCCAAGCCCCGUACCCGAGUAAGUCUUUCUCUUCUCCUAGACUCCUCCCUUCGAUGGUAAUGGGGCAUACCCACUUUCGGUCUCCAUCCUUCUUAAAGCUGCCUUGGCUUGGCUUCCCUCCAGUUUUCCGCCCGGGAAUCUGGCAAGUCAACAUCAACAGGCUUCCCUAAACAGGCAUCGCCUCGUCAAUCUCAGUCGAGGGCUCCACUACUAUACCAGUGCCAAUGUUUGCCAGGCCAAAUGUUGCAGAGACAAUGACGUUCAUCACCACGCUCAACAUGUUCGAUGCGUGCACGGCAUGGCAGAUUUGUCCCUCCACGCGGCCAACCAUUCGUUCAUUUAGUCGCGCCGACAUAAAGCCUCCUGUGCCGUUCGGUUUGAACCGAUAUCCCUUCCCUUGUCAAUGGAUCAAAAAAUGUCGUAAAAUUUUAAGCAUCCACCUCCCCAUCCCCGCAUCUGGGGAGGUUGGGCAAUCAUUGAUCAUUGGACCCUUGGGACCUUGGGGUCGGAAUUGGCCCUGGAAAAGCGGGGGAACGACGGAGUUGGGGAUGGAGAAGGUUCACUCUAACUGCUCAUCCAUGCAGCUUUCUCGAAUUUUUCUGGGCAACCCUGUACAGGAAAUGGUAUAUAUACUUGACCUCUAGCUCUGUCGAAAAUGCCAGCUUUCUUCUCGUGGGGUCUCCAAAUUUGCCUAGAAAAAGAAAAGUCCUUCGCAGUACUUUUUUCAUCAUGAUUUUCGGUGCACUUUUCAUGGCUGCGGCCGUUGUGGCCCAGUCCCCCUCGACUACCUUAAGCGCCACCACGACCUUCGGUGCCGGUGUACCAACCGACAAACCGCUGCCUGGAGAUUAUAAUGGUGUUUGGAGACCCCAGACUCACUUUUCCCCUCCUUCGGGCUUCAUGAAUGACCCCAAUGGAUGUUUCGUGGACGCCAAUGGAACAUAUCAUAUGUACUACCAAUGUAUAACUCAUCCUCUACUUCUUCCAAGUCAGCCGCUUACUGUGUAUAGACAACCCAUCAGCCACAGUUGCCGGAAACCAGCACUGGGGACACGCCACUUCCAAAGAUUUAUAUCAUUGGGAUAACCAGAAGAUUGCUAUCUUCGCAACCGAGAACUCUCAAAUCUUCUCGGGUAGUGCCGUGAUCGAUGUAAACAACACAUCCGGCUUCUUCCCCAACCAAGACAACGGUGUAGUUGCAAUCUACACAACCAACACCCCAACUGCCCAAACUCAAGAUCUCGCAUGGUCUGUCGAUGGUGGAUACACCUUUGAGAAGUACUCCGGAAACCCAGUUUUGACAUUGAGCCCCGCUUCCACUCAAUUCAGAGAUCCCAAGGUUAUCAGGCAUGGCGAUCUGUGGGUUAUGGUUAUUGCCUAUUCCCAGGAAUUCGUUAUUGGCUUUUUCACAUCCCCUGAUUUGAAGAGUUGGACCCAUGCUUCCAACUUCACCAGCCAUGGGUUACUUGGUCUUCAAUACGAAUGCCCCAGCUUGGUCGAAAUGCCAGUUGAAGGCGGAACUACCGCUUGGGUUCUCGCCAUCUCCAUCAACCCAGGUGCGCCACUUGGAGGAUCAAUCCAAGAGUACUUCAUCGGAGACUUCAACGGUACACACUUCACCCCCCUCGAUAACGCUGCCCGCAUUUCCGACUUCUCCAAGGACAACUAUGCCGGCCAAUUCUUCUACGGUAUCCCACCAACUGAAGAGCAAAUCUACAUCGGAUGGGCAUCCAAUUGGGAAUAUGCUCAAGUCAUACCCACAGGAUCCUCGGAAGGGUGGCGCUCUGCCAUGACACUUCCUCGUCGCACCAAGCUCGCAAAGGUCCAACGAACUGGAUGGGAUAUGCUCGAUGUUCCUGUCGACCUUGCACCAGUUCUCGAGACACCACUUGCUCAGAACUCAAGUCUGGGUAACGGAUCAAUCCUGAUUGAUUAUUCAUCUUUGGACAGCGGAGCGAUCUUCUUCCAAUGCAACGUAUCUAAUAUUCCUAACAUCACACUUUCCAAAGGAACACUCAACUUCACUUUCUCCUCUUCCUCAACUCAAGAGUCCAUCUCAGGGGGUUUCUUCUUUGGUGGCGACAAUCCUUUCUGGAUGAACAGAGGAAAAGUCCUGGGAUUCGGUGAAAUCAACCCUUUCUUCUCCGACAAAUACAGUAUUGGCAACCCAAUCAACGCCAACGGAACUUUCACUCUCGAGGGAGUGCUUGAUCGUUCGAUCCUCGAGGUGUUCUUGGAUCACGGCCGAAGCACGGGAACGAUGACUUUCUACCCCGAGGGAGUUUUGGAUACCAUGGUUCUCAAGACCGCUGGGUUGAACGAGGAUGUGGCUGUCAGUGUUGCUAUAUGGGGCUUGAAGAGCACGUGGGCUACGAAGGUUAAUGAAGAGGGCAUUGUGCUUGGUAACGUUACUACGAGUGCGGUCGCAGCAAGGGCAUUAGUGUUUUGAGUAGGAUAUGAGGGAACAGUUUGAGAGGUGAUGCGUGAUGACUGAAUGUUAUGGCCUUUAUGUUAUAGUAUUAUAAUUAUUUUAUUUUUAAAGAGUUAAUUCUGAUGAGCAUUUUACGCC